GAAUUGCUAUAUUGAGGGCGAGGGACUUGUUUUCGUGUGUGUCAGUCUGCAUGUACAGCGCGGUUUGUUUUUUUCCAAGUGUUUGCACAGUAAAAAUGUCUUUUAAGACAGUGGGCACAGCAUUAACUCGUGCACUGUGGACUAGGGGACAGAGGACUCCUCCUCUUGCGCGAGCCCCUAAAGUGAACAGACUUUCUACAACGUGCAGGACGUCUGCAGAAAGAAAGCAGGGUGGCGACAAAACAAAAGCUUGCAGCUCUGAGACGGUAAGGCCGAGUGGCGAGGUGUCGUCAUCCGCCAGCGAGCCGCCUCACGCAUGCACCACCGGGGAUAAGAAGCGCCUCAAGGAGCCCGUGGGUGCUCCCGGUGUGACUGGUGUUCGCAGACGGUUGUACACCUCCACCGCAGCCCCUGUGAGCCAGAGCUCCUACAUGUGGGCUCGUUACAAUGACACGAAACGGCUGGUUCACGACCUGAUCCCACCCGGUGCGUGUCACCUCCUCAACUCCUCCACCAUCUACGCUAACAACGAGGUCAACCUGGCUGAAGUGGACAUCUACGGCUUUGACUACGACUACACACUGGCUCUGUACUCUAAUGCGCUCAACACAAUGAUCUACAGUACAGCAAGAGACUUCCUAAUCAAACACUUUAAGUACCCUGAAGGCAUCCGCAAAUAUGAUUACAUUCCCAACUUUACCGUUCGGGGUCUACACUACGACAUCCAAAAGGGUCUUCUGAUGAAGAUAGAUGCCUUCCAUUACAUUCAGCCAGGAACGGUGUAUCGGGGACUGAGCCCAGUGCCAGACGACGAGGUCCGUCAGCUCUACGGGGGGACUUACCAUAUCCCCCUGCAGCAGGACAGCGGCUUCUAUGGAAAAGGCCCGAAGGUUAAGCAGUUCAUGGACAUCUUCUCCAUUCCUGAGAUGACUCUCUUGGCCGCGGCAAAUGAUUUUUUCAUCACCAACGACAUUGAAUACGAUCCAGUUCACCUCUUCAAGGACGUCUCGGAAGCUAUUGGCAUGGUUCACCUGAAAGGCUGCAUGUACAAAUGGGUGAUGGAAGAUCUCGAUCAGUUCAUUCUGAGAGGAGAGGAGACGGACGCUGUUUUGCAUCGAUUGGUCAGUCAAGGAAAGAAACUGUUCCUCAUUACCAACAGUCCCUUCAGCUUUGUGGAUAAAGGCAUGACGUACAUGGUGGGAAAAAGCUGGAGAGACUUCUUUGAUGUUGUCAUUGUCCAGGCAGACAAACCUCACUUCUUCACUGAUUGUGUCAAACCCUUCAGGCGCUUGGAUAGUAAUGGAGACCUUCAGUGGGAUAGGAUAAAGAGUUUGAAUAAAGGACAGAUCUACAAACAGGGAAACCUGUUUGACUUCCUCAGACUGACAGGCUGGCGAGGCUCAAGGGUUCUUUACUUUGGAGACCAUCUUUAUAGUGACUUGGCUGACCUGAUGCUGCGACAUGGCUGGCGUACAGCAGCCAUAAUACCUGAGCUGGAGCAGGAAACCAAAGUGGUGAGCACAGACCGGUACGCUCUGAGCCUCACCUGGCUGCAGGCUUUAACCGGCUUGAUGGAACGCCUACAGACUCAUCGGGACCCAGAGUCCAAACUGAUUUUUGAGGAAUGGCAGAACGAGAGAGAAGAACUCAGGGUGAUGACAAAGAAUUUGUUCAACCCUCAGUUCGGCAGCAUCUUCAGAACGUGUCACAACCCCACUUACUUCUCCAGACGUCUGUCUCGUUUCUCAGACCUCUACAUGGCCUCCCUCAGCUGCCUUUUAAAUUAUGACCCCUCGUACACUUUCUACCCCCGCCGCACCCCUCUGCAGCACGAGGCUCCGCUGUGGAUGGACCAGCUUUGCACAGGCUGCAUGAAGACACCAUUUCUGGAGGAGAUGUCUCACAUAAGAUGAGAUCAGUGACUGUUUAUUUAUACCUCUUAUUUUAGUCUUGCGGAAAGGUCUUAAAGGGUUUUUAAUUUUAUUUUCCUUUUGAGAUGACAGGGUGCUGUACAACUCCUUUGCACGGAUCAGAGAAUUCCUGCCCUACACAGUGGCCUACCAAAUAAAUCCACUAGAGGCUGCUGUAGAGUUAGCUGCUAGUCCAGAGAGCUUGACAUUCAAAAUUAUCAGACAAUCUGGUUGUUGCCUAAUUAGAGUGAAUGAUAAUGCUGUGCAAUAUAAAGCUACCGUCACACAAUUACAACAAAUAAAUAAAUGAAUGAAAUAUGA